ACUCCAGUGCGCCAGCAGGGGCAGCAUGGUGGUGGGGUGAGAGAUGGAUCCCCCCGACGCUUGGGACCCCUACAGCCGGCCGGCCCGCCGGACCCAGUGGCUGGUCAGCGCCCUGGCGUAUCACUACGGGCUGGACCGGGGCGUGGAGAACGAGAUCAUCGUGCUGGCCACGGGCUUGGACCAGUACUUGCAGGAGAUCUUCCACCACCUGGACUGCGAGGCGGAAGGCAGGAUCCCCGGCGAGGACUUCCGCACCCUCUGCCAGGUGCUGGGGCUGGCGGACCCGGAGGAGGCGGCGGCCGACCCGGAGGAGUGCGCCGGCCUCUGGGAGGACCUGGCCCCGGAGCUGACUUUCCGCCAGUUCCACGCCAAGCUCUGCGGCUACUUCAGCACCAAGGCCGGCUGCGCGCCGCAGCGCCCGGCGGUGGGCAGGCUGCCGCUGGGCAAGGAGAGCGAGCACAUCGAGACCCAGAUCCGGCUGCGCAGCCCGCUGCGGCGGCGCCGGGACAAGGCGGGCCACGGGGCUGCUGCCAUCAAAAGCGGCAGCCCGCGAGGGGCUUCUCCUCCCCCGGCCGCCCCCGGGCUGGCCCCGCACGCCAGGCGGCCGGGCCCCUGCUCCAGGGAGUGCUACGAGGAGAUCGUGGCUCUGGAGCAGGCUGAAGACCGGAUCGUGAAGCUGGAGGAGGAGAACGGCAGCCUGCGGGAGCUGGUGGAGGACAUGCGGGCAGCGCUGCAGAGCAGCGACGCCAGGUGCCUCGCUCUGCAGGUAGGACUGUGGAAAAGCCAUGCUAAUCAUAAGAAAGAUGGGACCUGUUUUAUAGGUAAUAGGAGACAGUUAACUCCCAAACACUCCCAGCCCACCAAGUGCCUUCAGAGUGUCCUAAAGGAGGUGGAACUAAUCCGGAAUUCCAGGGAUGGACAAAUUGAAGAAGCAAUUAGGGUCAAUCAAGAACUGCAAAAAGAAUUGAGGAGUUCCCAGGAAGCUAUAGUCACCCUGGAAGACUGCAACCGUAAUCUGAAGAGGGAACAGGCAGAAAUGAGGAAGAAAGUGGAAGAAGCUAGACACGCAGUCCUUAACAGUCUUGGCAAAGUGAAGGAGUUAGAAGCAAAAGCCAAUAAAGUGCCACAUUUGCAGAUAUACAUCCAGGAGCUAGAAUCAGAACUACAGUACUAUAGGUCAGAGGUUCUGAAGCUUCAGCUUCCUUCAAGAGGCAGCACAAAGCAAAAAGAAGGAGCAGCACUACUGGAUGGAAGACACUGCUUAUUUGCUGUGCAACUGGAUCGAAGCUCACCCACUGGGGGAGCAGGGAUGUCAGAGAAUGUGGAAGAUCAGAUGUUCCGUUCUGUGGAGGGCCAGGCUGCCUCAGAUGAAGAGGAGGAGAAGUGGAUAGGGGACCAGCAAUCCCAGAUGGCUGAAUUGAAGAAACUUCUGGACAGGGUUCCCUGUUGUGGAAGUGGAUGUGAUGACAAAAUGGUGAAGAAACUGAUGUCUUAUUUUGGGAGCACCAAUAAUGAUGACCAUGAGAAUGCCACUGUGGAGCUAGCGGAGAGAAUCACCACGUUAACUGAACAGCUUGAGAUGAAAGGGAAUGAAGUGAAAAAACUGGAAACAAACAUGAAGGAGAUGAAAGGCCCAUUGCUAGGUGAACUGCAACAAAAGGUGGAGGAGACUGAAUUGUUGAAGAUGGAGCUACAGAUGUUGGAGACUGAGAGAGUUAGGCUGUCACUGGUGGAAGAAAAGCUCAUGGAUGUUUUACAGCUUCUUCAACAACUUCAAGACCUGAGCAUAUCUAAGCGAGCCUUGGGGAAAAUCUUGCUGAGCACUUUGGAAUCCUGUCGUGACCCCCAACAUGGAAAAACCCACAUUCUUGAGGUCCUAGAUACUCUCUACCAUGAGCUGGCUGCCUGUGAACUCCUACAAAGCAAGCCUCUAGAAAAAGCUCAAAGUCACCAGUCCUUGUCUAACCCACUGGUUAUCUCUUGUUGAGCAACAGUGCCAUCUACAGUUCAUCGUGAUUAGUCAAGUAUCUAAAAUCUUACCAUGUUAAACAGAGGGUGGAAGAAUGAGAUUGCCGGAUUUGGAGGAGUUCAAUAAUAAAGGGACAAGUUAGGACAACUAAGCCGUGAAAUCACAGGUAUACUGCUCUGGGAAGACCUCUAAUUCCUCAGCUAACUUCGCAGCUGUCCACUAUAAGUGUUCACAUUUCAUGAGAAUUACUUAAUGAUGUCCAUCUCUGAAGCCUAACAACCACCGCAUUAUGGCAUUGUAACUGUACCAGUUCACCAAAUGAAAAGUAUUACAAAUGCACUGACCAGCUCAAUAGAGGAAAACCCCAAACUGAAUAGCUGAUUGUCGAUUAGCUAGAGAUUUUUCCUCUUCUGAUAGCUGAACCAGUACAUUAAAUAGUGGAAGACAGACUAACUGGCUGACACAUGUUGUUUUAUUAAAGUACAAGAGACAAAAUUGCUGUAUUAUAAAAAUAUAUGCACACCAGUAUAUGCCAGUAGGGCAAGUUAAAGACCCAUGUAUAAAUGUAUGUGUUUGUGAUUGUGAUUAUAUAUCUUAUUUAACUCUAGAGAUACAUUUAUGUUUCUGUUCAUGCGGAUUUUGUAUUUUGUAAUUACAAAUCCAUUAGAAGUGUGAUUAUGUUUUGAUAUUAAUCUGUAACUGUCCUUGCUGAUUAUAAUCUUAGAUUUUAUGUUAAACAUUAA